AGUCACAAGGCAGGCAAAACUAGUGUGUACCCUGGGAACCAGUACAGUGAGCUAGAGAUGGCAGUGGCUGAGGCAGGAUUUCUGCUCCUUUCAUUUGUGCUCUAUGUUUUGCUCUCUUCAUCAUUUAAAAUGUACAAAAAGCAAAGCCAGCUACCUCCAGGACCUAGGCCUUGGCUUUUUUUGGGGAACCUUCUGCAGAAAGAAGUCCUGCCUCUGCACAUACACUACCGAAAGCUCAUUGAAAAAUAUGGCCAUGUCUUCACUGUCUGGAUGGGAUCAAAUCCUGUAGUUGUACUCUGUGGAUAUGAAGUGAAUAAAGAAGCUUUGGUGGAACAGGCUGAAGAAUUUGGUGGGCGUGCUUUCAUCCCACUUAAUAUGGGAAGGGUAAAAGGUGAAGGGAUGGCAACUACAAAUGACACAAAAUGGAGGGAGAUCCGCCGGUUCACUCUUUCCACACUGCGAAACUUCGGGAUGGGGAAGAGGACGAUGUCUGAGAGGGUGCAGUUGGAAGCGCGUUACCUGGUGGAGGAAAUGGCAGCCACACAAGGGCAGGCUUUUGAUCCAACAAAGAUCAUCACAAGUACUGUUUCAAAUGUGAUCUGCUCAGUGGUCUUUGGGAAUCGGUUUGACUACAGAGACCAGGCCUUCCUAGAGCAACAGCACAUUGUGGCGGAACGCUUACGUUUUAUUCGUAGUACUUCAGGGCGGAUAUACAGACUUAACCCAAAACUAAUGGACUAUAUGCCAGGAUGGCAUAAGAAGACUGCAGCUCUUGGUGAAAAGAUGUAUGCUUUCAUUCAUGAGAAGGUGGAGUCACACCGGCAGACCCUGGAUCCUCAAAACCCUCGUGACUAUAUUGACUGCUUCCUUGCCCGGUUUGAGAAUGACCAAAAGUCCACUGAGGACAUCUUAAGUCAUGAAGAUCUUGUCAUGACCGUCAUAGAGCUCUUUUUUGCUGGUACAUCAACCACAAGCCAAGCCGUGCUACGUAGCCUUUUGGCUAUGGCCAAGUUUCCAAACAUUCAAGCAAAAGUCCAGCAGGAGAUCGAUCAGGUGGUAGGUGCUAACCGUACCCCUGGCAUGGAAGAUCGUAUGAAGAUGCCCUUCACCAAUGCAGUCAUCCACGAGAUUCAACGAUAUGAGGAAACGAGCCUUGAAGUCCUUCCACGUGCCACAACUAGUCAUACAAAGUUCAAAGGCUACAUCAUUCCUCAGGGCACCUCAGUCAUUCCCUUGUUGAGUUCUGUGCACUUUGACCCCCUCCAAUGGGAGACUCCGGAAAAGUUUAACCCAGGCCAUUUCUUGAAUGAGAAGGGCGAGUUCAGGAAGAGAGAUGCCUUCAUGCCUUUUUCAGCUGGGAAGCGGGCCUGCCCAGGGGAGGCACUGGCCCGGAUGGAGCUCUUCCUUUUCUUCAGCACUCUGCUCCAGAACUUCACCUUCCAGCUGGCUGGAGACACUAAGGAGACAGAUUUAAUGUCUUUGAUUGCGAACUACAGACAAUGUGGGGUAUACCCCCCAGUACAAGCCAUUAGACGUCCAAUGUGCUCUAUCUAGAGGCACGACAUAAAGAAAAGGGAUGGAACUCAUGGCUCCAAAAGAAUCCAGAGUUGUUAAAACAGACCUUAUAGGGGAAAUAUCCCAGAUAUGAAUGGUUAUUGCCAUCCUAGGACAGUAGCGAAGUAUAGACUCUGAAACAUUCCUUCCUUCCCUAACUUGCUCACUUGCAUUUAUUAAAAUGCAUCGCACAAUCAA